UGAGCGGCAAUUCAGAAUGUCUGAGCAGAGAGAGGGAGGUCUGCUGCAACUUUUGGGAGAUCCUACCCCACCCAAGCACCAGCCCCGGCCCACUCCCCUUCCUCCUCACUCACAGCAGACACAACAGUUCAACAGGCAUGGACAUCAACUCACCCAGGACUGGCUCACAUCUACUGUCCAGUCCACUUCACCGGACAAUCCAAACCACCCAGAGACCACCAGGAACUCUCUUCUGGAGCAGACACAAGCUUUCUCAGCCCACAGCCCCUCGCCACAGAGGUCUCUCACUCCUGAUCUACAAUUGCCUGUGGUUACGGAUGCCAGCAUUCUCAACCUAACAUCUCUCAGCAGGGGCAGGGGCUUGCAAGAGGUCAGUGAACAGCUCUUUGGGAACAUCAAGAAGAAGUAUGGCAGAAAGGAGUCCCAGAAGGUGCUGGCUAAUCCUCAGAGUGGAGAAAUCUCUUGGGAAAAGCAGCCAGAGAAAGACAGCCCUGCUCAUUCGGAGGAGAGGUUGAAAUACCGGCAUGAAGAAACAAGUGAACAGUAUCCAGAGGAGAGAGAGGAGGGGAAUCGCGUGACAGAAGAAAGUAAAGGAAGAAAGAGACGGUGGAAACCUUCUUUUGACGAAUCUUUUCCCACAGAGUCAUCACAUCAACGGCACGAUAGUGAUUCUACUGAGAAACAUCAAAACGGGCCACCUGAACCAAAAGUGGCACACAAGAACGACCCCCAAAAGAAUGAGAUGCAUUUCUCAAGUCACAGGGAUGGAAGUAGUGAUAGAUCUGAGAAAGACAGAUCAGAUAAAAGUGAUAAAAGAGAGAAGGGAGAGAGGAGAGAUACUCAUGACCCAGAUCUAAACAAAUUUAAGAAAAAUCCAGUGGGACGUCCUAAGACUAGCACUGACCCUCUUAAGCAUAGAGAACCCACGCACAUUAAUAUGAGCAAAACUAGUCCGUCUACAACUCCGAGACUCCCAAGUCCACACCCCAUUUCUAGUCCAAGAGCUAGCAUGAGUCCCAUUCCAAGCCCCAAACCUCGAUCUAACAGUAGUCCAAGCCCUAGCCACAGCAUCACCUCUACAGGCAGCUCCAAACCAACCAAAAGCAAGGACAGGUGGUCUUAUCUGAAGGCUAUGAAACACACAAGUCUCAUAUCACCCCAACGAGACAACAAGUCCAGCCCUUCACCUUUUGCAGACCCCCCUUCGCCUUUCCCCAUCACCCCAUCGAGUCCUCUGUACACCAACACCGACAGCCUGACCGUCCACACGCCAAUCAAGAGGAAGAGAGGGCGCCCCAAGAAGCAGCCACUUUUGACCGUGGAAACCAUUCAUGAAGGGACCUCCAACUCACCUCCGAGCCCGCUCUCCCAGGACUCCACUGCAACUCUCAGUCGCAAUAGGAAGACGCACACAUUAAAUUCAUUAGUCCAUGUGGCUAGCUCUAAACGUGGCAGAGGGCAUCGUCCAGUGAGUAGAGUCAAGCUUGGGAAAAUGCAAAGUAUCCUAAAUGAGAUUCUGACUGGGUCUAGUCAGGGUGGUCCUCUGAGUUUGAAAUCUGCAUCAGCUCCAGUCAGCACGGCGAUGACAGCAGUGGCAUCAACAAUAGAGGCGCGGCUCGGAAAGCAGAUCAACGUUAGCAAGAGAGGAACAAUCUACAUCGGCAAAAAAAGAGGGAGAAAGCCACGAGCUGAAACCCAAGAUUCAAAAUCAUCCACCAAGGAGCGAAGUUUGUUUUCUGGUCUCCAUGAGAGUGCAGUGCCUUCCACCACCUCCUCUCCUUCACUAAGGGCUGAUGCCUCCAUGCCCAGUCUACAGCCUAUUUCUGCGUUACCCUCCAAGCCGCUGGGACGGGGUUUCCUCUCUGCAGGAUGGAAGUUGUCUCCCCCACGUCUUCUGGCUAAUUCACCAUCACAUCUUUCAGAAGGGGCAUCUGUGAAGGAGGCAACCUUAUCCCCCAUCAGCGAGUCCCACAGCGAGGAGACCAUCCCUAGUGACAGUGGGAUUGGUACUGACAACAACAGCACAUCAGACCAAGCGGAGAAGGGGCCUGCCUCACGGCGCAGGUAUUCCUUUGAUCUUUGUGGAUAUGAGACUCCUGAGGCAGCAGCUCUUGAAGCCUCCAGCCGAGGUCGUAGGACACACUGUGAGCGGCAGGUGACUUCAGUGGAUAACUUCCUUUCACAGCAGGAGAAGAAACAGAAACAUCACCGAAGAAAGAGGAAGUGUUUACAGACCCGUGAUCAUCUGCACUUUCUGGCUGAAUUAGAAGAGGUGGUCUUAAAGCUACAGCAGUUAAGAGUAUCUCACCGGCGAUACACUUGCUACCCACAGCAUCCAUAUCCCUCCAUAUUCCGCCUAAACUUCCACCAUUUCUACCCCAUGACAUAUGACUCCUAUCCCUGUGAGCCCAGCCCCUACAUGCGUCGCAGUGUUGAGUUGAAGGCAAAAAGGAGACGAGGUCGUCCAGCCAAAGCCAGCGAGCCAAUCACAUCAAAGCUGCCUUUUGUACAAGGAUAUGGCUAUCCCUUAGCAGGAGGCAAUUACUAUGCAGCGCCCUAUGCCAUGCCUUAUGCUCCCCCUCUGGGUCUGGGAUAUUUCCCUCCUGCUCCACCAUUUUACCUGCCCCACCCCUCGCUAGGACCAGCACCUUCCUCGCCCUUCAUGAGGCCAGCUGUCCCCCCUCCCAAGGCCUACCAUUCUGCAGCUCACGCAAAUCUCCAGCCGGGCACCAAGCUCCAUGGAGCCAGUGGCUCAAUGCAGGGGGCUUCAGUGAGAGCAGAGAGCCUGGCCAAUAGCAAUGCAGGUGGUCUUCGCCUUCACAAGAGGAAACACAAGCACAAACAUAAGCACAAAGAUGAGCCGCUGCUGUCUCCACGGGACCACCAGGAUCUGGGAGGACUCUUCAGUGGGGCCAAAGCGAAUGCACGCCUGAGCAUGAUGACAGAGAGGAGAGACUUCAGUCAGGCCUCGUCCAAGCCUCUAGAAAAGCAGAAGAACACUGGACGUGCACCAAGCUUAGGGAUAUUCGGGGAGGACCCAAAUCAGCAGCCUUCUCACUCUCUCUCUGACAACCAGCUCACUCUGCGUCAAACUGGACAGCGAAUCAAAAGCUUCUUGAACAGCUACACUAGUGAGUCGCAGCGGCCAGAGCCUGGUUAUGACCUGUUUCUGGGGGCACAGGAGGAAGGCAACGGACGAGGCAAAAAGUCAAGUAUGUUUGGAGAUCAAGGCCUCAUGUCGUUUCAUACUGCAGGUCAGCAGCCUGGACAAAGCAAGUGUCCCAGCCCCUCACUUACAGGUGCUGCUGGUAAGCGAAGAUACAAGCGCCGUGAAGUGGAGCAGAUCCAGAAUAAUGUAAGAAGGAUGCAUUCACUGAACUUUGAGCAUGUGCAGAAGAUUCUGCGUGCCAAGCGCCUGCAGCGCCAAGCCAAAACAGGAAACAAUGUCAUCAAGAGGCGACCAGGACGACCAAGAAAGCAGCCUGUGGAGUGUGUGGUGGCCAGCGGGCUGGAGCAAGGCUUGGACUUGUUGUCUGAUAGAAGAGCUGAUGGGAGGACUCUGGGGAUGCCGGUGCUGGAGAGGUGUGAUGACCUGCCAGGCAGACAGAGUGUCAGGCCCAGUCUGACCCCUGAGGCUCUGGAGUUCUCCAAUCAUGACUCUAUCGCAGCCACAAUAGAGACUGUGGUUCAUCAGGCCACUUCUGUGCCUCCAGCUAAAGGUGGGAAACGCAGGGGCAGGCCCCAUAGCAGGGACGACUUAUGGGCUCCCUCCAGUCAGUAAUUUGACAAGAGACAAGGACUGUCUGAAUCCUCUGAGCACAGGGAGAGAAGUCAGAUGCAGUGCCCUUAUUCUGGGACUUCUUGGUGCACUUUGAUUAGAUAGGAAGAAGGGACACUCAUUGUGCCAUUCCUGUAUUUGCUACAUUCAAACCAGACAUGAGCCUUUUACGUUUCCUCUGAUCUUUAUUUAACAUGGCACUAUAUGGUACUCUUUGAUACUGAUCCAAUGCUAUAGAAAUCUAUGUGUACUUGGUCCUGAUAGGGUAGGAUAAUAACGUAAUUCUUAUGUUUGUGACAUGGUGAUGUGUAUGGUCCUUUAUGAUGCUAUAUCUGAAUGUGGCUUCAGCCAUAUAUUUACCAGCAGGGGGAUGGGGAAGUUGUAUUAAACUGUGCAUCUCUGCUUAUCUUUGCCUUUCUAUGAAAGUUUGUCAAAGAUUUGUAUUACAGCAGUAUUAAAGCCACCUUAUCCAUUGACUUGGCCCCCUCUAUAUAUUUUGUUGUUUCUGUUAAAGGCAGAAGAUUUUUAAACCUCAUCUUUUAUAGCUGAUGUCUUUCGACAAACCUUGUUUGUUUUAUUCUUCCAUGCUCGGGCCUCUCUGGCAGUGAAUUAAAGGCAAUAUGGUGGAAGAGAUUGUUGAGACUGUACAUAGAAACUACUUUUGCCUGCCGUGUACAAUGGAAAACCAGCUUAUAGACAUGUACUGGCAUAAAAUAUGUCAAAUAGAUCUGUUGUACUAUAGACAAUGAAAGAUGUGUAUUGUUUUAUAACCAAAACCAGACAUGGGUGUGACUCAAAACAAGUUUGUUUUCAGACUGAACCACAUAGUCAUUCAUACGUUUCAUUACUGUGUACUGUAUAUAUCCAGGGGGCAUUACAGUAUAAAAGUGAAUCAGGUGUAUUCUUGGACAACCUUAAAAUUGGUUUAAUGCACUAUUGAACAUACCCUUGCAUCAAUCAAAUGCAGCACUUACAUGCUAGUCCCAGCCUUAUGUUUGAUCCUGUGAUGGUGAACCAUUACAGAGAGCAUGCAUUAUUUUAAUCAAAUUGUAUAUGCAGGCUACGCAGCCAAAAGCGACAAAGCAACGCCCUGAUCCAAAUAGGGGCUCCCUCUCAUUGUUUUGAAAAGUAAAUCCCUGUUUUUCUAUUUAACACAUCCAGAGUAGUAGGUUUAGAAACCAAAGUAACAGAAUUCAGUUUAAGAAUGUGUUUUGUUAUAUUGAUUACUGUGUCACUGGCACCAAUAAAAAGCAUUCCUAUGUGAACUCAGAAUGUAGCUAUCCUGGAUGUUCAUGUUGACAUUAUGCUUCACUCAUCUUUACAGUGUUUGUGGCACAUAAUAGUGCUUGUCUUUUCUUCAAAAUAUUAUUUCAUUAAAGAAGCAAGCAUAGUCUGUUUGGUGGGAAUAUUUCAGUUUCAGCGAUUCAACUUGUGCCUUAUGUUUUUCUUUCAAUGAUUUUAACCUAAAACAGUGUUAGUGUACCUGACCCAAAAUAUGAAUGUGUCUUAAUCUGUCACACAGAUCAUGCCACUGUCUCCCACUCUGAUGUUAUUGUAGAUCACAUACUUAGAUAUCACACCACUCAGCUUUAGGCCUCCUUCCAGCUGACUCAGUAUCAUCAGUCAUUGGACAGCUAAGUGCUGGGCAGAAUAGCAGCAGAUGAUGUUGCCAUGGAGAACACAUGCUCAUACAUUGUUGUUUGCUAUGCAUCAGGCCAUGCCUUGCAAUGACCUUAUAAGGAAAUUCAGUUCUGGGUCCACCCUUCAUCAUAAAAAGUGGUAUUUUCAUUCAUAUGGACAGAAUUGUGAAUACUAGUAAUAAUUUGUGCAGAAAGUGACUAUCAAUACAUGAACUAUAGUUACUGCAGCUCCAUGCAGUACAGCCUUAAGCAGAUGUAUCUCUAAGUAUUGAAGUGUUGUUGUUCUUAGUGUUAUUAAGUCCAUCUAGUAUGAAUGUUGGCUAAGCUUUGCUAGGCUCAGGCUAUUCCCUAACUCACCAGUCAUCUCUUCUCUUCUAAAAUCACUAUUGUGUUGCAGCAUUUAUUGGAGGUCAUUGGCACAGUCCUUGAAAAUUUACAUGAAACAAAAAUUAUAAUAAAAAACCUACAGGGGUAGUGAGGUAUUUGGAUAAUUAAGGAACACCAGUAAACAAAACAUGCAGCACCUAGAUUUUAGGUAGCAGAGGGAGGUGCAUAAUAAAGUCCUGUGUUUAGUCUGCAGUGGUUAAAGGAGACUAUGCUCCAUGAGUUUUAGGGACCUCUCACUUCGCAGCUCAGCCCUCUAUACACUGGCCUGUGAUAGGAGACUCGAAGAGCUAGGAGUCAAUUCUGUCUUGUCUGUCUUUUCUACCAGCCAAUGCUCCGGUGCCUUCUAACACUGACAAGUAUUGUCCAAACCCAGAGCUUUCACUUUACACAGAGACUACAGAUGCAUGAUGCAGUGAAGAGAGCUACUCUUGAGUUUAUCAGUCAGGCUGGGCCAGUGGCUCCAGGAGAAAUACAGAUGUAAUAAUAUGACUGCAUUAAGGGCAAGGCAGUAGUAUUUUCUCUAGAUCAUUGAGUGGGAUCCUCAUCAGCAGUUGUGUGUGUGGUCAUUCUCACAUCACCCAGAUCUAAGCUAUAAUGUUCAAAGCUGGAAAUGCAGACAAGUCUUUGAUGAAAACCAAUAAAUGUACUUAUUUUGAGCACAAAGACAGCUCUUCUAACUGUGUGGGCAUAUUUGAGUUUGUAUACAACCUACUAUAUUCAAACCUUUUCUAAAGUGGGUUUUCAUUAUUUGCAUGCUCAACCAGAUUGUAUGCAUAAAUAUUUUAGACAAGGCAAAAGUUGAAUUAAAAUUACAUUUGGAGCAGAUCUUGUACAUUGUUUGAUAUGUUUCUUUUUGUAAUGAAUUUUUUUAAUUCAUGAAGCAUUUUUGUACAUUGUAUUAAUAUUAAAAAACUGCAAAUAUUUGACAUAUAGAGUAAAUACUAGAUGCGCAUGCAUAUGCAUAUAUCCUUCAGGUAUGUAUGUGUAACUGUACACAUAUAUUUUGUAUUUGCAUUGGCCAGCAUACAGAUAUAUGUCUUAAGCACAUAUGUACAUGCAAUAUAUGUAUAUCCAUGUCUGCUGGCAUGCUUUUGGACAUGUUUAUGAUCUUGUAGGUUAUUUUCUGUAUUAUAAUUUCUCUUUCCUCAGAAAGAAAAGCUCAUUAUUUUGCUAACCUUAUGUUGGCUGGCAGCAUUGAGCACUUAUAAAGAAGAACUACGUCGAAGUUGUUCAUGUCAUCCAUUGUGUGAAAUAAUAAAUGACUUUAUUGACAGCU